GCUAAUAAUGUCAAAUUUACAAAACCGUCCUGUUCACAUCUUUCAGACAAGACCCGCCUUUACAAUAACUCCCAGACGCCGUUGACAGUACUGAAAAACUCGCACUGUUGUCCGAGAUUCACCUACCUUGACUUCUAUUUGACCAAAACCCAAAACCCGAAUCCAAUCGGAAAACCCGAAAAUGGGCAACUGUAGCAGCCUCCCUUCCGGCGAAGACUCAGGCCAAUCCAGUAACCGUGCCCACCGACCCACAAACGCUGCCGUCACGGUCCUCCCUCCAAAUUCCGAGCCGUCUCCUCCACCUCCCAAACCGCAUUUCUCUAAGCCCCCAGCCACAACCACCUCCACCGCAGGUGCCGGCGGAACCACGCCCAUCGGCCGAGUGCUCGGCCGGCCGUUGGAAGACGUCCGGUCGACUUACGUGUUCGGGCGCGAACUGGGUCGGGGUCAGUUCGGCGUGACCUACCUUGUGACCCACAAGGAGACGAAGCAACAGUUCGCUUGCAAAUCCAUAGCGACCCGGAAGCUCAUAAACCGUGAUGACAUCGAUGACGUCAGGCGGGAGGUUCAGAUCAUGUACCACCUGACCGGCCACCGGAACAUAGUGGAGCUCAAGGGCGCGUACGAGGACCGCCACUCGAUCAAUUUGGUUAUGGAGCUCUGUGCUGGCGGCGAACUCUUUGACCGGAUCAUAGCCAAGGGUCACUACUCGGAGCGAGCGGCGGCAAAUCUCUGCCGUCAGAUCGUGACCGUUGUUCAUAACUGCCACACGAUGGGUGUGAUGCACAGGGACUUGAAGCCUGAGAAUUUCUUGUUCCUCGGCACUGACGAUGCCUCGCCGCUUAAAGCUACUGAUUUUGGGCUCUCUGUGUUUUUCAAGCCAGGAGAUGUAUUUAAGGAUCUUGUAGGAAGUGCAUAUUAUGUUGCGCCUGAAGUUCUUCGCCGGAAUUAUGGAGCUGAAGCUGACAUUUGGAGUUGUGGGGUGAUACUAUAUAUUCUUCUAAGUGGUGUUCCACCAUUCUGGGGAGAGAAUGAACAAAGUAUCUUUGAUGCUGUUCUUCAUGGACAUAUUGAUUUCUCAUCUGAUCCCUGGCCUUCCAUAUCCAGUAGUGCUAAAGAUCUUGUAAAGAAAAUGCUUCGUGAAGAUCCUAAAGAACGGCUUUCGGCAAAUGAAGUCCUAAAUCAUCCAUGGAUGAGAGUAGACGGUGAUGCAUCAGAUAAACCUCUUGAUAUUGCUGUUUUGACGAGAAUGAAACAGUUCAGGGCAAUGAACAAACUUAAGAAAGUUGCUUUAAAGGUAAUCGCGGAAAAUCUUUCUGAAGAGGAAAUUAUGGGCUUAAAGGAAAUGUUCAAAUCUAUGGACACAGAUAACAGUGGAACAAUUACAUAUGAAGAGUUGAAAGCUGGUCUUCCAAAACUUGGUACCAAGCUAUCUGAGUCUGAAGUCAGGCAGUUGAUGGAAGCGGCUGAUGUGGAUGGAAAUGGGACAAUUGAUUAUAUCGAGUUUAUAACAGCUACCAUGCACAUGAACAGAAUGGAAAGGGAGGAUCACUUGUACACUGCUUUUGAAUAUUUUGACAAGGAUAAGAGCGGGUACAUUACAAUGGAGGAGUUGGAGCAAGCCCUUAAGAAGUAUAAUAUGGGGGAUGAGAAAACGAUAAAGGAAAUCAUUGCAGAAGUUGACACUGACAAUGAUGGAAGAAUUAACUAUGAUGAAUUUGUAGCCAUGAUGAGGAAAGGUAACCCAGAUAUGGCCACAAACAGAAGGCGCAAAUAAGUUAAAACUCAGUCAUCAUGUUUUCAACAACGCGUGGCUUAAAGUAGUUUGUUAAAAUCAUAUAUUUUGUGGUUAAAAUUGAAAUGUCAAGGAUCAAGAGGAAAGUCAUUGUUAUUUGGUGUUUUUGGUCCAUGGCUAGCUCUUUUUUCACUUGGGGGGAGCUGGUAGAUUUCAUUGUGGACGCAUAAUUAGAAUUCUAGCUUUGUUUGGAGAUGGAGCAGAAAACAGCUUUUAUUUUCUGUGGUUAAUGUGCUGCGGCCUUUAUAUAACACUUUCUUGGAAGACAAACAAAGAAUACAGGUCAUCUCUAGUCUUGAUUCUUCUCAUGUAAGGCCUUUUUCUAAGUUUGGUCAUUCACUCGCUCAUUUAAAAAAAAGAAAAAAAAAAUUACAAUUCUACCAAUAACAAAGCAGUUGAAGCAAGAAGUGUCAUCGAUUAGGUUUUGCAUUUUUAUUUUGAAGAUUGUGGUGUGGUGUUCUAAUACACGAUUGAUGUAAUAUAUGUAAAAGGAAGAGGGUAUAACUUUUAUGCGAUUUUAAGUAACUUUUUUUCUUUC